GCUCAGCAGUAUCGUGGAGUGUUGUUCAAGAAGCGGGAGCUCAGCCUGCAAGGAUCCAGUACCCUGCUCCAAAGCCGCCGCCCAAAGGCUUUGAGAAGAAGGUGAUCCCAGAGAGCGCUCCAGCUGGCCAAGAGGAGGUGGAGUCUGAACCUGAUAUGCCUCCUCAUGAUGGAUGGGAUGCAGAUCUGCCAAAGACGGCUCCACCACAAGCGGCUCCAGCUGUUCAAGCAGCAAAGCAGCUCCUGGGUAGUGCUCAAAAACAGGCUGCGAAGAUCGCCUCGCAGAAUGCCAAGGCUCGGAAGAAAGGGCAUCGCGGCAUUCGCUGGGGCCAGAUGCCGGCGGCCAACCCUCAGAAUUUUCAGUUGCCCCCUUACGUUCAACAACUGGGGGCAAAGGAGCAUGAACGAUCGGUGCUUGUCAUUGACAGCAGAGACAAGCGGAUCCAGUCUCCUUACCAAGGUUGGCUUCUGGACGAGAUCUUGCUGAAUGCUCAGAGUGGCAUCAAUGUGCUGUCCGAUCGACAGUUAGUGAGAUCUCCAAACACGGGCUAUCACUUCAACCUGUUCUAUGUCCGCACUCUGGAUGGGUUCAAGUUUGUGUUGGUCGGCUCAAUGACCUCGUAUGGGACAGUUCCUUGCGCGAAGUGGGACUAUCCUACGGGGCAAGUGCUCUCGCACCCAGCCUUCCAACCGUUCAGAUGGCCUAUGAUGACAGAUGAUGGAUCCACAUGGGUCGACGUCAAGGUCAAAGUGGAAGGUGAGUUGCUGCUCCACCUUGAACUGCGUGGUUACCGAUCGGACCAGGAUAUGACGGUCCAGUUGAACUACAUCAACGACUCGGUGAUCCCGCGGUUGGAUGAGAUGCUCUUCAUCCCUUCGGUCGCGGUCACGGUGUUCCAAGGGUGGAGAGUCAUUGCUACCUCGUUCGAGGUUGGAGGGCGGCUCUAUGCAUGCAGUGAUGGAGGCACAGUGGUUGCUCUUGAUUUCCCACUGUGUCACUUUGAGAUGAGAGUGACUGCAAUCUCAUCGUCGGACUCGAUCGGGAUGGAUGCCGAUCGUCUGGAGUUUCGCUUCAGGUCAUCUGGAGACAAGGUUGACGUGUCGUGCUCCCAGGUGGUGGUACCAUCGACCUGGCUGGUCGUUUCGCGUGUGUCAGGCCCGACGCUCGUGAAGAACGCUCAUUGGUGCCGUGACCACCAUGCCAGGAUCGAGGGUCCAGAUCAGACUAUGCAGCUCUCACAGCUGGCUGGGAUCCACGCCCAUUGGACGGCAUCGAUCGAAGCUGGCUCUGUGGAAGAGACGGGACCCAGAGUGGGGGCAGUUGCGGUGGAGUCUCAUGCCUCCAACCUGCACUUCACCUGCGAGUCCCCUUUGUUCAAGGCGGAGAAGGCGAUCGUGCCUCGGGAAGCUCUGGCCAUACAAGCUCACAAUGUAGAGCUCGAGCAGAAGACGGUCGUUUUGCCGCCAGUCACAGGUGGUCCAUCGGUGGUGCCAGCUUCUUCGGUCUCUGGAAGUUUGCGAGCUCUCGCAGGGCCUAUGGCGCCAUCAUUGACUGUGGCUCCAAAUGUGCCUUCUGAGGUGGCUUUGACGGCCCCAGGAGAAGCUCCGACAGCCACCAAUCUGCAGGGCGGCGCCGUGCAUGUUCAUCGCAGACCUUUGGAAGCUCGCCAAGGGGAACAGAUGUCAGCAGCAGCGGUCACUCCGCAGUUCUUUUUGGAUCGUGUCAGCCAGGCCACAAGCGGCUAUGUGGCUGGAUCCAGCACUGCGCAGCCUGGUCAGCCAGUCAGCUAUGGACCCCCACCUGUUGUGGAAGAGGCCGUGCUCGCCUCGCCGUUCGCCAACUUGGCACUCAUCUCGGCCAUGGAGGUGCGUGUGGCGUCGGAGUUCGUUGUCAAGGUCCAUGAGUGGGCUCCCACACUGGAUGAAGGCAUCAGGGAUGUUUUACUGGAGAGCAGUUUUAUGCUUGAGCAGUAUUGGAGCCUGGCCUCGUCGAUCGAGAAAGCCUUCUUUGCUUCAACUGCCCAACAGCUAGGUUUUGGUAUGUGUGACCCUUUAUCAGUUACUUUGAGUUCUGAAGCUGCCAAAGCCAGACGCUCUCUUGCGAUCCGUGCUCUUGCUCAGAAGCCUGCCCAACCGCCUAGGAAGAUCUUGAAGAAGCCGGAGGAGGAGGUGACUUCAACUCCGCUUCUGGAUCAAGAGAAUGCGGCCAGGCGCAAAUGGGCAGCCAAGCUCGAGGACAUAGGGAAACGUGCAGGGGAGUUCUCCAAACUGUUGAUCGACACCACCAAUAGUGAAGGGUUGUCAGCAGCUGAAACGGCACGGCUCAGACAGCUUGUGUUGUCAUCAGGGGCUCCCCGGACGAUGGCUGCCCAUAUUUCAGCCUGGGAAAGGUUUGAAGAUUGGCUAGCCAGUGAACAGUUGGCUAUGUUCCCAUUGACCCAUGACAAGAUCUUGAAAUACGCUCUUGCAUUGGAUCAGAAGGAAUGUGGCCCUUCUGUUUUGCCGUCCUUUAGAACUUCAGUUAAAUGGGUGACCUCCAAAUUGGCGAUCGAGUGCCCUGAUCUAGCUCACCCCGCACUGCUGGCUGUUCAGGCAGAGAUCGUCAAGAAGAGGAACACGACCUUGAAAGAGGCCGUCCCCAUCCCAAUUGCAGCGGUCGCUUGCUUGGAGCUCUUUGUGGUGGAUCCGAAUGAACCGGAUGCAGCGAGGCUCUUUGCAUGGUGGUGGCUCUGCUGGGAGUUGCUCCUCCUUGAGAACCCUGAUCGAGACUACUGGAUGCGGGACCUUAACUCUCGUGAAGAGUUUCGUGAUGCCCCUGCGUCCUACCAACGAUCAAUGCAGUGGCUGCGAACGCUAGGCCAAACCGCCGUGACCCAGUUCAUGAACGACAAUCAAGAAGAGAUCAAUGCGGUGUUGGACCGGCUCUCAGAAGUGACAGCUCAUUCAGCCAGAGUGACGUUGCUCGACGCUGCGGUCCACGCCGGCCGCUCCACCGAGGAGAUAGGCCUCCAGGCGAACUGGAAGAACCCUGGUCCUUUGGUGCUUAAGUACACUCGUAAUCGCACCAGUGUUCCGGCUCAGAUGGUGAGACAGCUCGUCCAGGAUAUGAUCGAGAAUGAGCAUCCAAUCGAGCCACCAGAGGGGGCCAUCCUUGAUGGAGAGGAUCCUUCGGCGCUUGAGGACGUUCAGUUCUUUGUCAAGUCUUCGGGCGCCAGGCAAGCUCAUGACUAUAGGCACCACUGCUCUCAACUUGGGGAUCCCACAGCGUUAGCGUGUGGUCGCCUUCCUUUGGACGAAUGCUCGUCUGUAGGGUCAGCAUUGCCAGAUGCAGCAGUUCUGUGCAAACAUUGUGCUAAAGCUCGUCCUGACGUAGCCGCUCGCUGCUUCUCUGUGAGUCCGGGCUCUCGUCAUGCCUGA